GGCAGAGAGUUCAGGCCUUUUAAAAUACCGACGAAUUUCUCGUUGGUGAUGGUGAUAUUUUGCAAGAAUAAUCUCGUCGGUAACUUGCAAAUUUCUAGUAAAUGUUGUAAUUUAUCAUUGAUGACUCGGGAAAUGGUAUGGGAUGAUCUUAUUAAGAAUGGUUUUAUGAAUGCUUAUUUUAUUUGGUGGGCACAUGGUGAGACAUUUAUGAAUUCAGUAGAUCCAUGGUCUGCUGCUAAUUUGGGUGAAUCAUCACAUAGCCAAGAUAUACAACAUGAUGAAAGGAAUGACUUUCAUCAAAUGGUGUAUGAUGCAUUUUGUCCAGAGGAUGAUGACCAUCAGGAAAUGGAAGGCAAUUUCCCCGAUCAACAUCUGGACGAAGAACCGAACAACCAAGCCAAGGCAUUUUAUGACUUGCUUCAUGCAUCUACAAUACUGCUUGGUAGUUCCAAUAGAAAUGAGAUAGUGCUUAGUUGGCUCUCUUAUAUGUUGCACACUAAGACUGUAAAUAAUAUAACUGCUGGUGCUUUUAAUGCCAUCAUCGAAGGAUGUAGGAGGUUGUUAAGUGCUGAAGAUCAGGAAAAAGUCCCUGCAAACUUUUAUGAAGUAAAAAAAUUUAUAAAAGCACUGGAGUUAGGUUAUUUAAAAAUUGAUGCUUGUGUUAACAACUGCUUUUUAUACUAUGGGGAGUCUACAAAGACAUUGACCUCAUGUCUAAUUUGUGGAGAAGUGAGGUAUAAACAGAGAAAUCCAAGAAGGAAAAGACAAAAGGACAUUCCAAGGAAUUCUCUUUGGUACUUGCCAAUAAUACCUCACCUUCAGAGGCUAUACAUGUCUCGAAAAACAGCUGAGCACAUGACAUGGCAUCUAAAAUGUUGUGGUGAUACAAAUGAAGUCAUUCAUCCAGCACAAUCAGAAGCUUGGAGACAUUUUGAUCGCAUGCAUCCUUCUUUUAAAAGAGAACCCCGUAAUGUUCGAUUAGGUCUUGCCACUGAUGGUUUUAACCCUUGGGCUCAUUCUUCAACCCUUUACUCUUGUUGGCUAGUUUUUUUGACUAUCUAUAACUUGCCACCUGAGAUGUGCAUGCGACCGGAGUUUACAUUUCUUACAUUGGUCAUUGCAGGUCUAAAAAGCCUAGUUUGGGGUCCUUUGAUCGACAUUAGUAACUUUUUUCGUUUACUCUGUUCGCCGAUCAUCAAACCUAAUGAGAUGCAGGAGUGGGAGGCAAAGAUUGUUGAAACAAUUUCCAGAGUUGGUGGUCCUAUUCAAUUUCGUAGGAUGUACCCAUUUGAAAGGCUGAUGCGCAAACUUAAGAAGACCAUAGGGAAUAAAAAUCAUGUUGAAGCAUCAAUUGUUGAGGCAUAUAUAUUAAAUGAGAUAUCCCAGUUCUACUCUCGUUAUUUUGGGGAUGAUGUUCAAACAAGCUGGAAUCAGCCACCAAGAAACUAUAGUGGUAUUGGGAGCAACGUCCCAGAUAGAAUUACUCGGGGAUGGUUCGCAGCAUGUAAAAUAAAAUCUAGACAUCUUAUUGACACCUCAUCAACCUCAUCUUCAGCAGAGAUUGAUGACAUUUUUCAAGAUGAUGACCCCCCCAUAAUGCAAGGCUCUUCAUUAGCUACAGAUUUAGCUGCGUACCAAUCACUUCAACUCCAUGCAGAAGGUGUUACAGAAGUUGAGGUUAAUGCUGAUACAUCCGAAGAAGAUGAGGACUAUAGAGAGGAAGAGGACUAUAGAGAAGAAAAAGAUUUAGAAACUUCAGGAAAUAGUAGUGAUAGCAUUGAUGAGGAGGAUGAUUGUGAUGAUUGAUUGAAAUAUUUGUUAUCAUAUAUUAUUACUCAUUAAAUAUAUGUAUUGAAA